ACGCUUUACUAUGUGCACCGAAUAAACAAAAAAGAACAGCAACUAACAAAAUUCGUUUCAUUUAUAAAAGUAAUCCAAUAAGUUGGUGGGAUAUAAGUGGUUGAAAUAAUAAUAGGAAUGAAAUAAACCAAAUAUUUAGCUUAGUGAAUUUAAGUGCAAGUUCUAACUCAAGCAAAACUUAAUCUAUAAUCUGCGCACUUUCAUCAUCCGGACGACGCAAAAAAGUGUCGGCCUUGAGCGCAGUAAAGCGUUGUGGGCGCCCACAGAAUGAAAACAAAACCACAAAUGUUUAUAUACCUAAGUGCAUUGCUGUUAAGCACAUGCCGUUUAAGUGAUGGCUAUCGUAAUAUCAUGUUAAAGGAUUAUCUGUGCGAUGAUAAUUUCCUUUUAACACUAAAAGCGACCUUUCGUGGGCACCCUUCCUUUACGCUUACAGAAGACCGUGAUUCAGCCGCAAUCAUUACGCAGGUGUGGAAUACUACAUUACCUGGUUUUUAUUCCUCCAACAAACUGAAAUAUGAUUGUAAUUUUCGAGUACAAACACUUAAUCGACCGCCUCGUGGAAUUUACACCGUCAUAACGCGACUCAAAUUUCGACGUGAUCCCGUGACAAAUACCUGCCUAGAUUACAUACAAUUUGUUGGCGGUAAUCGUUCGCCAUCCGAAAAGAUAUGCACUGAUAUAGCAAUAGAUGGCCCAGUCCGAUUAAUGUUCGAUCAACGUGCUCGGGACGUUGGCGUACAUAUUUACAUUGAUCGACGUUAUUCGAUAAGGGAACCAUUAGAAAUGCGUAUGGUGAUGACCGCACAUUCGGAGUGCAAAUACACCGGCGAUUUUCUGUGUGAUCCCAAAGAUCAAUACUCCUGUAUUUCCAGACAUUUUGUACGUGACAAUAUAACGAACUGUAUGGGUCCAUGUCGUGAUGAGAUAUCCUGCUUUAACGAUGCGCUUGUAACGGAGGAGAUGGAUACAACAAAUGUGGCACUUUCUGCACUAACAUCAUUAAUUUUUACAAUGUUGGGUGUGGGGUUCUGCAUAUGGGUUUGUUGGAAAUAUUGGAAUUGCAUAACAGUGCAACAACAUGCACAUGAAGCGUCUGCGGCGGCACGUCUUAGACCUCAAAGAGAAACUCCUGUCAUUGAGCUACCAACUGCACCGGCUUUUAGUGAUGCUAUCACAUCGGGCAUAGAAUACGAACAAGAUAAUCAACGUCAACGUCAACAACCACAAACACCAAAAGAUUUACCACCUAGCUAUGAAUCACUAUUCCCCGAUAGAUAAGCAGUAACCAUAGCUGCCCACGAGCCAAACUACUUUUAUCUACAUGUUUAAGGAGUAUCUUGUUUUUUUUU